AUGCAAGGUCUUCUGCUGCGUGGUGCCCUUGUCACCCUUUGCAUGCUGCUAUGGUUAAGAUUUGCAAACUCGCAGUGCAUCCUUCCGGAUGAUCAAGGUAUUAUCAAGCAGUAUGUUUUGGUGGUCGACCAGACUCCUGUGCGUCUGAGCGCCGCCAUCUGCUCAAAUACCACGAUUACCGUUGCUGGCACCACCGUGCCAGUCACAAAUGCUCCCACAGUUUUGCUCUCUGACUUUAUUGUCGAGAACACUAUCACAUAUACCUCAACUCUAAGCCCAAGCGCCACUUUCAAUGGCCCAGUCUCAACAAUCACGAGGGGAUUGCCUCAAGGCACUGCUCUCUCAACUAUUGUUUUGGGACCACAAGCAAGUUCUGGGGUGGGCACGGAGAUCAUUUUGAACCCAUUUCCCGCCGGCCAGCAAGGCCCAUUUGAUCCCCAGAACACCAUUUCGUCAUCCUUCGAUCCAGCCCAGUCAGCGCCUGGAUUCAUUCCUGAGAACGCAUUUCCUGACCGUGUCGAGACUAUGACUGCCCCUUGGACCGGCACAGUUACGUCGACUUUAGUGCUUCCUCCCCAAGGCACAGACGACAUCGAAAGGCAGAUCAUCUUGACACCGGCCUCAGCGCCGGUUCCAGGCCCAAUCACAGCUGCUACAAGCCCAUGGACUGGCAUAAUGACCACGACAUUGACGAUACCACCUCUCGGUACAGACUCCAUCGCCUUGCAGCUCGUCUUGACACCCACUGAUGGGGCUGCGCCCACGAGAGGGGCCCCGGCUGGGUUGUUCACUACUCUGACAGCCAUCGGCACUGAACCAACCACAUCGACCGUCGUGUUGCCCCCAGCGGGUAGCGAUACGGUCGGAACAGAGAUCAUUGUGGUGCCAACUACUGUUGGAGAUGACGAUCCGGACAUUUUCCCCGCAGUAUAUGUUCCAACAACAGCAACCGGGCCUGGGACACUAACAACCACGCUCACAAUCCCACCAGCUGGAACCGAUACGACUGGAACUCUGUUGAUUCUCGAUCCAGCAACAACUCCAUCACCUUCCGGCGAUGGGAAUGAUGGUGGCAGCGAUGAAGGGAGCGACGAUGGUCCUCUCAAUGCCUUUUUUGGCCCGUUCACAACUGUUACUGCCCCCUUCACAGGCCUUGCGCCAACAACCAUUGAUCUUCCACCAAGCGGAGGUGAUGGUACUGGGACCAGAGUCGUUCUGACUCCAACCCCCCAACUCAGGCCGUUCAACGGACCUGUUGUCAGAGUCGCGGCAACCGUUACUGGUACAAUUUUCACCACCGUAACCAUCCUUCCAGCACUAGGGGAUGGUACAGCUACUGCGAUUGUUAUCAAUCCAGCAAACACAGACCCUGGCGUAGCUCCCGCCGGAAUUUUGCCGGCUACUCCAGCCGUGAUUCCAGGAGGACCUACAGGACCACCAGACUUUGGCGUCCUAGAUCCAAGCUCAGUACCAGCUGACCCAGUAUUACCCGCGCUGGUCUCACCUGUAGUCCCAGGAGGGAAUAACAUCUUUACAAGUACAUUCGAUGGUUCGGUCACGUCUACUAUUACAUUCCCUCCUGGACCCUCAGGUCAACCAGGUUCGACGGUGAUACUUGUCCCAAGUAGCGUUCAAAUACCGACCACUGCGGCUUCUAUUCCGGUAGACCCGGCUCUUUUCUCCAGCAAUAACGGCGGGCAAGCAUCAUCAGCCACGACUGGUCCUGUGAUUCCCUCUAAUGUCCCUGGAAACUCUAUUUCUCCUGCUCCUGGGCCCGUCACGUCAUCAGGGCCGACACUGCCUAGCACCUUGCGUGUUAUCGCCCACCUCUCCUGUCAUCCCAGCUACAUCCUCUUCAGCUGGACCCUCCCAGGGAACAAAUACCGCCGUUACUGUGGCCUCAACACUAGCACUAGCACUGGCGGAAGCACCAGUCGGUCGGGAUCCACAACAAGCUCGCUGUCAAGUAGCACUGGAAGUGCCACACUCAUCCCCCCAGCCGACAUCCUCAAGCUCUUCCGGACUGUCUACCUCAAGUGCUUCUACACCGUCUGGAAGUUCCUCUGCGCCACCAACCAGCUCUUCCUCAACUUCUUCAGGCACCUCGGCAUCUUCAGUUUCGAGCUCCUCUACCUCAUCCGCCUGGCUAGCUCUACCACAUCCCAAGCAUCUACCUCCUCAUCCUCAUCCACUCCAGCAUCCACCUCAGCCUCUACAACCUCAUCUACAACCUCAUCUACAGCCUCAACAACAUCCUCUUCUAGCACCUCAACUAGCCUGACAUCCUCAUCGUCAAUCACCUCAUCAAGCUCGUCUAGCUCCUCCAGCUCGUCCAGUUCAUCUAGCUCCAUCACGUCACUCACGCCCAUCCCGCCCACCUCGACCACGCGCAUCGUCCCCACUACAUCUUUCACCGGCUGUGUGGUAACUGCAACAGCGACAAGCGCACCAACUUGUGGCGUCACUCUUCCUGGAGCUUGUGCCCAACUGCCAACCACGAACGGUCUCAUCCCAUUAACCCUGGUCACAGCGGAUUGCUUGCUAGAUCUUGGACCUUUCGCCGUCGGGCCCGUCGCGCUCUGUCUCACAGCAAACCUCGGUCUCAACCCCCAGGGCCAGCCGAUCGCAGACUGCCUUCUCCGGACACUCAGAGCAUCCUGCCCGCAGACCAUUCCUCAGCCCUGCGUCGAUCUUCAAGUCUCCAAUGGAAUCGACUUGUUAGUCGAUAUUCCAACCUGCGUUGCCGCUCUUGGCCCUUACAACUCUGGCGCAACUGCAGUUUGUCUCGCUCUGAACUCCAUCACCAGCGCUACCACAGGAUUGUCCAUCUUUGGAUGUCUCCAGGGCGCCUUUAGCACUGCUCCAACGGUCACGACCACGACCAUCACCGACCCGGCUCUGUGUCCCACCACGGCCCCUGCACCACCGACACCGGUCUGUCCCACUGUCCCUGGCACAUGUCUGAGUCUCUCCACGGUGAAUGGCUUGGACCUUCUCGCGGAUAUUCCAGCAUGUACCCAGGCCCUUGGACUCUUUGCCGUCGGCAACGUCGCAAACUGUCUUGUCACUGGUGUCAUCAACAUCCUCACCACCGGGCAAUCCAUCGUUGGCUGUCUCCAAACUGCGCUGGCGUCGAACUGCAUAACAGCGUUGCCUCAGGUCUGCUUAGAUCUCAGCGCGUUGAACGGCGCGGUGGACACGUCUGCCUGUGUUACGGCGUUAGGACCAUUGGCAGUAGGCGGUGUCGCGACCUGUCUUUCGUCGGGUCUCACGAGUGGCAGCUCCAUCGUCCAAUGCUUGAAUACCGCGCUAUUUUCGUAG